ACUGGUGUAAUGAAACGCUUGUAAGUAUGGCGAAAUAUAAUGGGGCAGGAAAAGAGAAAUUGACGUGGAUUGUUUUGUACACGUUUUGGGGAGGGCAUUGUCGGUACGCGAAUGGAAAUGUACUUGUAACAUAGUAUUGACGCAUUUCUAACAAUAAAUUUGUAGCUGAUCAUCAAAAUGGUUAAACACAGAAAGAGACAACAACAUAAUACAAAUGCUCACAAUAGGAGACCAAAUCAAUCAGAAAACUCAGCAGGUGUUGAAUCGCAAAACGAAUCCGCCUCCCAAAAAACGAAGCAUAAGCAGCGACACAAAAGGACUCUUGACCAAUCACACCAAAGAAAAAUGGCAUGGCUUAUUAUAUUUGUGUUAGCAAUGAUGCUAGGAGGAACUAUUUACAUGCGAUAUCAAAUUUAUAUCCAGGAAUUAGUUGCCACUCCGCUAGAUGUUCCUAAAAUGAUUUCGCAUAACUCGUCAGCUCCUACGGUAAAUCCUGAAAAGUUUUGGGGAACCUACCGAUCUAAUUUGUAUUUUGGCCUGAAGACACGAUCUCCGACAUCGCCAGUGGUAGGAUUAAUGUGGCUGGAACAGGCAACAAUGAUGCCGCCACCCAUUCGACAUUGGUGUAGUCAAGAUGACAGAUUAUCACGGUAUGGAUGGCUCAAACAUGAUGGAGUCAAUUUUGGCAUCCAGAACAUUGAAGAGCAACAUUUCAAUCUAACAACAUCAUUUGUGAAGCAACCUGGAGGUGAACAUGGCGGUGAUUGGACUGCUCGUAUUUCCGCUAUUCCCAAAGAUACCAAUCGACCCGUAAUCGUGUCUCUCAUGUUUUAUGUAGCAUUAGAUGGUCAGGGCUCACUGAAACCCAACAUAGCAAGGAACAGGAUGGAAUCAGUCAAUGGGCAAUCUAUUGAACUUGGAAACUUUAAGAUAUCGUUUCCUAAAGCUAGGAAUGGCACGGGAAUAAAAUACCAUCAUCUCAUCUCAUAUUCCUCUAGACUUGAAAAGCUGAAAGAUUUGUUACAGAAUUCUAUGCGAACUGAUAGCUUUGAUAAAGGGAGGACAAUUCCAUACUUUACACUCGGGGGACGUCUGAUCCCAAGAGACAGUCCGGAUCCAAAUUUUAUGGUCCAUCAAGUUACAGCCCAGUUGCCACUGGAGAUGGACGUGGUGUUUGAAUCGGAGAGCCGCUAUGAUCGACACAGUUCCCUUCAGGGUGAAUUGUACACUCAUAGACUUGAGAGGUUUUCAAAAAGCUUUGACGAUAAAUUCACUGAAGUAUUUAACUUGGAAAAGAAAAGAUAUAAUGUACCUGAAAUUUACUUUGCAAAAGCAGCAUUGAGUAAUAUGGUUGGCAGCAUUGGAUAUUUUUAUGGUUCUUCUGUUGUGAAAUCCAAAUACAAUAAAGAACCUAUUUACUACUGGCCUGCGCCUCUGUAUACUGCUGUCCCCUCCAGGUCCUUCUUUCCAAGAGGGUUUCUAUGGGAUGAAGGUUUCCACAAUCUUCUCAUAAGUCAAUGGGAUCCCGAAAUAUCGAAGGACAUCAUUGCUCAUUGGCUGGACUUGCUCAAUGCUGAGGGUUGGAUUCCUAGGGAACAAAUUUUAGGCGUCGAGGCCAGUGCUCGAGUGCCAGAAGAGUUUGUGGUACAGAGAAACGAGAAUGCCAAUCCACCUACUUUAUUUUUACCACUUCAACGUUUGAUCAAAGACAUGACAACAAGCCAGGAUCCGAGAGACAAGCAGUUCUUAAAAUCAAUAUUUCCAAGGUUGAAAAAAUGGUUUAGUUGGUUCAACACAACACAAGUAGGUAAUGAGCCGUUAACCUAUUACUGGAGAGGGAGAGAUGAUCAGACCAAAAAAGAGUUAAAUCCUAAGACUCUGACUUCUGGUCUAGAUGAUUAUCCUCGAGCAUCACACCCAAACGCAAAGGAAAGACAUGUAGAUCUUAGGUGCUGGAUGGCUCUAGCUUCGGGUAUUCUCUCUGACAUUGCAAAGGAGCUUGGAGAGAAUUGGAAAGAAUACGAAGCCACACACAGCGUUCUCUCUGACAAUGGUCUGUUAGACAAACUGCACUGGUCUCCGAAGAAACAGCGCUACAGUGAUUAUGGACUCCACUCAGAUAGAGUUGUUCUGGUCAAACCAAAACCUCCCAAAAAUUUGCAGCCCGGACAACCGUAUGACAAAGAGAAAAUACGGGAAGUGAAGAUCGAGCCUCAAAUGCAGUUUGUCGAGUCUUUUGGAUAUGUCUCUCUGUUUCCUUUUAUGCUGAAGAUUGUGGAACCAAGUUCUUUGAAACUUUAUAAAAUUUUGAAUGAUCUCACUAAUACUGAUUUGUUGUGGACCAAUUAUGGACUUCGGUCUUUGGCUAGAAAUGCUCCACAGUAUCAGAAAAGGAACACAGAACAUGACCCACCAUACUGGAGAGGAGCUAUCUGGAUUAAUAUGAAUUAUCUUACUCUGAGUGCUCUUCAUCACUAUUCAAACAUUCCUGGUCCAUAUCAACAGUUAGCAAACGGAAUCUACAAGGAUUUACGUGCAAAUGUUGUCAAUAACUUAAUAAAGGAAUAUUAUAGGACGGGCUAUAUUUACGAACAAUAUGAUGACAUAUCUGGUGAAGGUAAAGGGUGUCACCCAUUCACGGGAUGGUCAGCUCUAGUCGUACUCAUAAUGGCAGAGAAAUAUUAGUCACUUAUUUUCAUUUUAGAUACACAUUAUAUAUACAUAUUUGAUGUGUUUAUUAAUUUUUUUAAAAAUAAAAAUUGGGUGGUAAUAGAAUUUUUUUUACAUUGGUGAAUGAUAUGACUGUUGUAAUUACUAGUGUGUAGACAGUAUAACUUUAUGACAACAAACUUUUUGAAGAAGUAUAGAUUAUUUUCAUGAUUCUAACAGAAUUUCAAUGUUUGCAUGAUUGGCGAAGUGCAUGUAAUCUUAUCCGAGUUGAUUGAUAGAAUGAUUGAUUUUGUUAGAUUGUUGGAUGAAGAAUGAAAUGAUCUAUUAAUAGUAUACAUGUAUAUUGCAGAUGAAGUCAGUGUCAUGCAAAUGCAUCUUUCAUUCCAUCUAGAUUGAAACUGAUAUGUAUCAUACAAUUUCAUUUCAUUCAUGAAUCAACCCUAAAUUCUAGUGGAAAUCUAGAUGAGAUCUAGUUUACAAAUAUGAAAUGUCAAAUAAACAGAAAAUUGCUCACUUUCCUAUUUUGCUUUAUUAUGCAAGACAUAUUUGUGAAAUGAGGUUUUUUUUCAGGGAAAAUGUGUUCAAUCUUAUAUUUUAAUUUCAUCAUCAUCUUACCAGGAUUUGAACCUGUGCAGAUUCACUUAGCACUUGUGACCUACUUGAGGGCUAAAAGUAGGUCAAAUAGUUUCCUGGUUUUUUUAUCGUUAUGGAUACAGAUAUUGCACCAACAUUUUGUCAUCACUGUCCGAUGGGCGUAUGAUGAAUCGUUUGCAGCACUCGUGUUUGAUCGAGCUAUCCGGGACCAACAGUCACAUGUUUAUGACCAACAUGUAUCCUCAGAAAUGUCACACAUUGAAGGGAGCAACUCUGGAUUGUAAUUAUGACACCAACUCUUUACAGUAGUUAAACUGAAAUAAUGGAACAACAAUGUGAAAUAUCAACUUAAUUAAAAUUCAGCGAUUUUGAAUUUA